AUGAGGUGGAAACUGCCGAGGGGUGGCGGCGGUGGGCGUGGCGUCCCGCACGCGGCAACCAGCGAUUGGAGUCCGGACGACCAAUGGCAACCGAGAGGGGCGGUGCCGCGGUCGCGUACGCGGUACGCCCCGCGGAUGCUGCGGAGCCAGUGCGGAAGCCGCGGGCGAUGUGAGCGCAUGGAGGCGGCGCGCAGCGCGUUCUCCAUCGAUGCCCUGAUGGCGCGCGCCGACGCCGCGCCGCCCCCACCACCCCCGCAGCAGCCGCCCCCGCCGCCUCCCCCCUCGCACAGCCCACCGGCGCCGGCUCCCGCCCCUGCGUCUGUGCCAGCGUCUGCCGUUGACGGUACCUCCGUCGCAGACAGGCGCGGCGACAUCCAGCACGCGGCCGUGGGCAGCAGCAAGUCCCGGCGGCGGCGCACCGCCUUCACCAGCGACCAGCUGCUGGAGCUGGAGCGAGAGUUCCACGCCAAGAAGUACCUCAGCCUCACCGAGCGCUCCCAGAUCGCCGCCGCCCUCAACCUGUCAGAGGUGCAGGUGAAGAUCUGGUUCCAAAACAGGCGGGCCAAGUGGAAGCGCGUGAAGGCGGGCCUGACGUCUGGUGCCGGAUCACGCACCACCGGAGCGGGUCCAGCACCCAAGAUCGUGGUGCCCAUCCCGGUCCACGUGAACCGGUUUGCUGUGCGCAGCCAGCACCAGCAGCUGGAGAAGUGUGCUGGGCUGCGCGCCCCACACCAUCGACCGAGACCCGCCACGCCACCUCCAGGGCUGGCCGCCAUCUGAACGACAGUGGCCAGCCUUGUCCACAUGCACCGGUUCGCCGAAAUUCGCCAGGACCAACAGCUGCUCAUCUGGGCCGCCCAGUGCACACUGUUGGAUCUGCAGUGCUCCACUCCGCCACCUACAGACUUCGCCUUCAUUUGAGGGCCACACCACUGUCGCUGGUAUUCUGGCAUGCGUAAGGGUGCCAGAAGCAACUGUUUCACACCACCACAUAUGCAGCACCUCACUACGGCAUCUAAAGCACUCACUAUUACCUGGGAGUCACACUACUGUAAUGACCAUUCUGUUCCCUGUGUCUCUUAUUGUAGCGAGCUACCAGUACCUUCAGCAGGACUGCACACAUUACUGCGCCAACCACAACCUCAGUUCCACCAGCACUGUGGUUCCUAUCGUAGUGUACAUGAACCAAAUUGUGGAGUGCGACCAGAACUCGGAUUAGCACAACAAACUAUGUGAGCCAUUCUACAGCACAUCUGACUGCAAAGCCCACAGUUUGCAGCUGAGGCUCUGCUGUUGACCUAUCACCUGCAGUUACACAAAACGGAAAGUGCUAUCAGUCCUGUCACGAAGGUAGAGCAGCCCAGCACUAGUCGUCAUGUGUAGACUGUUCACCAGAAAGAUGACUGCUAUUCCCACUUCGUUCAUCAUAGGGAAUGUGCAUGUGUAUUCAUCACUUAGUGUCCUGCUAAAGUGAGAGUCUCUGUAAUGUAUCUGAAAUACAGAAAACGUAUACACAAGAAGUUUAUUCCAAUGAUUCACUAUAUUAUUCUGGACCUCGAGUAAUCAUCAAGGAAACUUUGACAGAGUGGAAAUGAUGCAUCCAAUAUACUUUAAAACUACUCGCAAAACACAGUAUCUAGUUCACAAAGACUCUAUUAUGCGUACUGUCCUAUUGAGAAAGCGCAUUCCGAAGGCCAAUAUAGUGAAUUGGAAUCAAACACAAAGUCACACCACAUUAUUGACCUAAAUCAGGACUAUGUUCAGUACGCUAUGCUACACCAUCCUGCUAUUGUGACCACAGGAAGAUAUUCUGUACUUUCAGUUACGGAACUUCUUAUAAUCUCCUACCUCAGUUCCAGAAUUAAUGCAUAGUGUUUGUAAGCGUUCCACAGCUCCUCACGAGUAACAGUGAAUCCAGUGAUUGAAAAUGUAUCAAACAUCUGAAUUCCUUCAGGCCAAAGAAGCUAAGAAUUUUCUUUUCAUCGCACAUGACUGAUUUACUUUCAGAGAAAUACUAAUGUUUAUUAACCUUAUAGGUAUGAAGGUAUUGUUUAGGGCCACCUGUACAUUUGUUGCCUUAAAGUGAACUGGGAACUAUCCUAUUAAAUGCUGAUACGUGGCGUCAUUUUCAGAGGCACGUAAAUAAUGAAAUAAUGCGUUCCUUUUGUCUUCAUGAAGAUUGUCGGAAAAACUUAGCUGGCAUGUAUCACUGUACGUACCUCACAUCUCAGUAAAGAGUUGAUAUGGAAAUAAUUGGAAAGAAGGAGAGAGUGAAAAAGUCCUAUUAAAAUCUUGUUUUCUACGACAGCGAGAAUCCCCAUAGUAGCUAUCAAAGCUGCGGUAUCUGAGGUCGAUUUUUCGUAUUCCGAAAUCCAUCACUGUAUUCUGAUGCAGCUCAUCAACAUUACAAAGUUCAGUGCCGAAGCCUACGCAGAACUACACAACAGUUGGCAGAUGUCACGCACAUCGCCGUUAGAAAUUGCGAUUAAUUCCAAUUUGUAUUCUCUCCGUUGAGAGAUACCUUACGAAAGAUUUAAUGGUAGUGCCCUAGUCGAUUUUAAAAAGGAUGGGAGAAGAUAUCAGCCAUGUUACUGUUGAAGAAACGAAAAUUUUUUCUUGAAAGACGAACCUCAAAAUGUACUUUUAUCUGAACGAAUUUCCUCUGGGUGUGUGUUACAAUGAGCAGCAUACUUCUGCCACUACUGCUCAUUGUUCAUUUCCUUACUACAGAGGCCACCAGUAACAAGGCAAAACAAUUGCACAAGAGUUUUUAUUUCCCUUUCUUUCCUUAGCUACAAUACUACAGCAACUGGUAAUGAAGUGCUGGCUCGUUUUCAAGCAAAUUGCAGAAAAGAGGCGAUG